GAGGAGAAGCCUGAAGCUUAUCCUGACGGUCCGAUCUGCGUAUAUGGUCGUUAUCUGGAUCUCUAUCUGGAGCCAACUGCUGAGCAGGCCUCUAACUACGAUGUUAUUUUGAACGUUGCCAGUGAAGUCAGAAAUCCCUUCGACUCCGCAACAUUUCAACCAUCUGGGCCUGAGUUGCGCCUUGAUGAAUCCUCUAAAUCGGAGCCUGAAUACAUUCACAUUCCAUGGGAGCACAACACAGACAUUGUUCCUGAUCUCAUCCGCCUGGUCAAGGUUAUUGAUGAGCGUGUUCAACUCGGAAAGCGCGUUCUGAUUCAUUGUCAAUGUGGUGUCAGCAGAUCGGCGACACUGGUUGUGGCUUAUGUUCUUUACAAGAAUCCUUCGAUGAGCGUGCAAGAAGCAUACGAUGACGUGAAGAAGCGAAGCAGAUGGAUCGGGCCCAACAUGAACUUGAUCAUGCAACUCCAGGAGUUCCGCUCGACUCUGCAACGG